AUGGGGUCGGACAACGAGGAUAGCAAGGCAGAAGAACAUUCGCAAAUGGAAGUCAGACCUCCAACCGCACUCAGCCGCGAAUUAGGUGGAAACGAGGAAAUUGCCAACAUCUCCGUAAAGCUACCCCCAUUCUGGCACGCAAAUCCAAACUUGUGGUUAGCUCAAGUCGAGUCUCGCUUCAUAGCCGCACGCAUCAGACACGAUGCAACGAAAUACCACACCGUGAUUGCCGCCAUCGAGAGCAACGUGCUGGCGCAAAUCAGCGAUAUCAUCUUAAACCCCCCAACUACCGACAUGUAUGAGACGUUGAAAACACGCAUUUUAGAGCGAUUCGGAGAGUCCGAACAACGACGAAUAAAAAAAUUGCUACAAGAGCUGGAGCUCGGCGACAUGCGUCCGUCACAACUCCUCAGGGAGAUGCAAAUUCUGGCAGGUAACGCGAUGAACGACGCUAUGCUACGAUCAAUCUGGAUCAGCCGCCUCCCAACUGACGUUCGGACCAUAAUUUCAAUCAGCACAGAACCUUUGGAGAAAGUGGCACUCCUAGCUGAUAAAAUCUUAGAGGUUAGAGAAGGACCACAGCUACACGCCAUCUCGACUCGCGAAGAUACGGCGCGUAACUCAACACUGGCGCAGCAAAUAGAAAAGCUAACGCAAGAAGUGGCAGCGCUAAGGUCAAAGGUUUCUACGUAA